AUGGAAUGCGAUGAAGUGUCAGGCUUACUUGAUAUCCCAACAUCUGACUCUAUUCCAAUCCCACCUCCACCCCCACCAUUAUCAUACUCCCACUACACUUUUAAAAACAAAAUAAUCAACAAAAUGAUGUUGGAUUUGAAUACAACAGAUAACAACAACUCGAAUAACAACGACUCGAACAACAACAGUGAUACCAAUAGUAGUGAUGGUGAAUUUUCAAACUUAAGCGAUGAACAUCAAAUUCAAUUAAAACGAUAUCACAGAACCAUAUCAAUGCACACUCUAUCUGGCUCACCGACAUCAUUCAUCGCACCUACACCAAACAACCACCAACCUACCUACUAUUACUUUAAUAUUAAUAAGAUUGAAUAUUCACUACAAACAGAAAAACAAGUUAUAGACUGGAUAUACAAGUUGACAAAUACUAAAAUAAAUCCACCCAUUUGUGAGUCCUUGAAAUCUGGAGUCAUUUUAUGCAAGUUAUUAAAUACAAUUAAACCAAAUUAUGUUAAAAAGAUAAAUACUACUGUACAGUCACAAUUUGCUCAUAGAGAAAAUCUAUUAAGUUUUUGUAAAGGAUGUGAAACUUUAGGAUUUCCAGAAGAUGUAUCUCGAGUUCCAGAGUUGGUUUUGGAGGGAAAAGAUAUCAUCGUUGUAAAAAUAUUAUUUGCUUUAAUGAAGUUUAUGGAAAAGUCGAACAGCAACAACAGCAGCAGUAGUAGUGUUUCAUCGCCAUUGUCAACAUCACCAACCUCACCAUAUAGCAAACCAAACCAACCAAUUUCACCGGUCCAACCAAAAAGGGUUGGUCCGUCCGUUUCCGAAAUAAAUUUACAUAACAAUCACAAUAACAAUCACAACUCACAACUUUCAUCAUCAGGAAAUCAUUAUCACAAUAACCAAAACGGUCAUCACACCAUUUCAUCGAGUAGUCCAUCGAAACCGAGAUUCAACAACAAACCACCAACAUCAGAGCAAAUAGCAUCGGCGCUAUCAUCAGGAUCGGGACAGUCAACAGCUAGAUCUCCACCUACCUCACCACGUAGAGAACCUCUUUCACCGCCACCCGAAAACAAAAUACCGGAUUUAAGUUUAUCGAAUCCACCAAACAACAGGCCACCACUACCACCACGUAACGCCAGUCACAACGGAAUUGCCAACCAUAGUUUAGCUGCUCCAAUUAUCCAGCCAAGAAAUGAAGAAAAUAAUCAUAACAAUCACAUCAAUCAUAAUCACAACAAUCACAACCAUAAUAAUCACAAUCAUAAUCACAAUCACAACCAUAAUAAUCACAAUCACAAUCAUCAUAAUUCUGUAAUAACAACACCUUUACAUCAACAACAAACAAUUUCUCAACCACUUUCAACUUCAACAUCAUCAUCAUCAUCACCACAUCUGACAACAAUAACAGUAGCAGAGGAUAGAGAAAAGGAUAGAGAUAAUAUGAAUAAUAGUAGUGACUCUGUUGGUAGUGAUAAGCCAUCUCUGAAUAGAUCGACAUCGAACCAAUCGAAUCAAGUUUCUCAAAUUGGUUUCCCAAGUGGCAAUGGCAAUGAUUCUUCGCCACCAGGCAGUAUCUCACAGGGUAUGACCAUACCAGGAAAGAAACCACGUUCCAGUACGAAACAACGUAUCGAGAAAUUCUUUAGCAAGACAUCGUUGGUCAGCAAAUCCAGUCGACAGAUUCCAAUGUCAACUUCACCCAAUGCCUACGGCGGUCCAAACUCACCGACCUCCGCACCUUCAAUGAGUGGCAGUGGCGGUGGAUUCAUGAUCAAGAAAGAAAAAGACAAAGACAAAAAGAACAAGGCGAUGGCAGACAUUGAAAUCGAGGUGGACAACGAUGGAUACUACAACAAUGGACAGUCGGCAAUGCAGUCGUCUGGCGGCUACACAGCGGAAACCUACGAGGAGGACGGUGGUAUCGACGACGGUGCCGCACUCACACAGGAGCUCUCGCAGGAGGAGCUGAUGAAGAACAUCAAACAGAUUGAAUUCCUCUAUAAGGACCGCAAGAUUUUGAAGGAGCGCAUCAAUUUCACCUAUCCCGAGAAGUACAGGUCUUUCGUUGCUUACGACGCGCUGCUACAACAAGAGAAAUCACCGACUUUUGUCAACUCUGCAUUCCUGGCACUCUCACCCAAGGCGCAAGCAGAGGUGUGUCGUCGUGAAGAACGGAGAAUGCUCUCUGAUAUCUUCACACUGAAGAACGUGCUCAACGUAGUCGAGGAGAACAAAGCACUGGUGAUUCGUGCGGAGGAGAUGCAAAAGAUGGUCGACCAGUUGAUUGUCGAGAAGAAAGCACUGAAUGCACGUUUCGACGAGAUGCUAGCAAGCAAAUCGAAAGCGGAAGCGAGUCGUGUCGAGGAGGAAGGUAUCAUCUUUAGCGAGGUCAACGGCAAGUUUGAAACGAUAAAGGGUGGCAACACCGACAAGCUGAUCGAACGUCUGUACAAUAAGAAUAUCAUUGGAUCGGUCUCUGACUAUGUCGAUACGUUCCUCUUGACAUACCGUUCGUUUACCACCUCGAAAUACGUACUGGAGCGACUGACAAAGACCUACAACGACAACUCGGCAACAGAGGACGGUGCCGGAGCGGAUUCCGAGAGUCAAUUCAUAGUCGAACAAGAGAAUCUCGGAAAGAAGAAGAUUCGUCUGAGAAUUUGUAACUUUUUGAAGCGUUGGGUAGAUGUUUUCUUCCACGACUUUGACAAUGAACUACUACAAGAGUACAAUGUAUUCAUUUCCAAAUGUAAAGAUGAAAAAUUAAAUAAUUUAUUAAGAAGAACUUUAGAAAAGAAAUUAUCAGGUGCAUCAUCAACUAAAACAGCAACAUUUGGUGUACCACCACCUCCUGUUAUUCCACCAAAGACACCGAUUUUAUCGAUUGAUGAUAUCGAUCCUGUGGAGAUGGCCAGACAAUUGACUAUUAUCGAAUUCGAUAUGUACAGACAGAUUGCAUCGAAGGAGUUGUUGUCACUCUCUUGGCAGAAGAACGACAAGGAAACUAGAUCUCCCAAUUUGCUAAAGAUGAUUCACCGUUUCAAUGAGGUGUCGAAUUGGGUGGUGACAAAGGGUAACCCAGACAAGCUGGAGAAUGGAUUCGUCAACUUUUUCAAAUGCCGAAUGGUGGCAGAGGUCAUCAAAGAGAUCCAACAAUACCAACAACAGCCAUACAAUUUGGCACCGGUUCCAGAGAUUGCCACCUACCUGCAGACACACAAAAACGUAUCGGAAUCUGAUUGUUUCAAACUAUCAUUAACCGCAGAACCAAGAGAAUCUAUAUCAACCUAA